AAAAGCCAAUGUUAGACUUGAAGAUUGCAGGUGUGUCAAAACCACGUACUGCCGAAGAUGCUUUCGUUGCCGAAUGUAUGUUUCCUUUCUGAUUUUUUUCAUUUCGUUCUCAGGAAGAUGUACUAACUUUACCAAAAUUAUUGACUUUGUACAGCCAUAGAAGGAUACGUGCUAACAAUGACCAACCUACACCCAGAAACAUCUGAGGAUCAUAUUUAUGACGUAUUUGAAGAGUAUUGCCGAGUGGUAAAUCUGCACUUGAAUCUAGAUAAGCGCACAGGAUAUGUUAAAGGGUAUGCAUUCAUAGAGUUUCGAAAGCUUGAAGACGUUAAAGAAAUUAUGGAACUCCACAAGCAUCAAAAGUUUCAAAUUUUAGGGAGGACGAUCGAAUUGGAUUAUGCAUUUGUGGAAAGGCCUGAUUGGAGCGAUAUGGCAAGGCUCAAAUCAAGAAGUGUUAGUCACAAGAACGUGAGGGAAAGAUUAGAAGGACUCGAUACACGAGAUUUCAGUCCUACCCGUGGUUAGCAGUAGUGGGUCAAGCAUUAAGGAUAAUAAAUCUACUCCAGUUUAUUAUUAGGUUUCUUAUUAGGAAAUAUAUUUAUAUAAAACUUUAUACACAAUUGAAUGGUGAUUUGAAAAAAGGAAUACUCAGUCUUCCAUUUCAGAGGGUUUUAACAAACCUCCGACUUU